UGGUCAACUGCUACUGUGCUGCCGGCAUCUGCACAUGUCAAGCACCUCGCAUUAGCGCCAACGACGAAGUUUGCUUGUCGCGGCAGGAACAAAACACGUGUCUCAAGGUUUCCAGCUCUCCGGAUAUAAGAUCCGGACAACAAGGAUGCAUCAGCUCGAGAACACGCUUCAUCUGCCACUUUGGAGGUAUAGAGGAAGGCACCCAGAUUUGCCUGAAAUCAAACGACGGCACCGCCUGCGCUAAUGCCGAAAUUCUGCGCAAGGACGAUAAGAAUAGUACUGCACGGCUUGAGUGCAUAUGUGGUGGCGGCGUCUGCACCUGUUUUUUCCCACCGUUUUUCUCCAGGAGCCGAAUAAUAAAAGCCUGUUGGGUCAACGGUGAACUCAUGUCAUGUUUGCCAGUCAAGGAAGGGGACGAGUCAGUCCUUCACCGUCAACCAGAUGCUAAAAGCUGCAGCUGUUCAAACGAACUGUGCGUCUGCCCGUUCGGAAGGAAAAAGGAAAGCGGCGAGAUUUGCUUUCACACAGAAGGGGGUAUGGAAUGUGUCCCGUCUGUAGCGUCAUAUGAAGACGACGGUGAUGCUGGAAGAGUGGAUACGGCGUCCAGUCAGCAGCAGCUGCCAUCGCGGAAAAAGUGUGAAGAAAUCGGAGGUCAGCCUGCCCGACCGGGCGGGUACCGGUACGUAGUAUCCUUGGAGUUGAUUAAGAAAGACAGCAGACAAUUUGUCUGCAGUGGUUCGCUUAUCGCGUCUCAAAUCAUAGUGACUGCAGCGCACUGUAUGAGGCAGUCGCACGGCCGCUACUGGGCCAUCGCCGGGGUCGUGAACCGAAACGUCCCUGAACCAGCACAGCAGAAACGAAGAGUGGUUGAGCAAAUUCCACAUCGAAAUUAUUACGUACUCAACAAUAUUCCUCGCAACGAUGUAGCAGUGUUCAUUGUGUAUUCUCCUUUUAUUAUGAAUCUGUAUAUUCAGCCAAUUAACUUGGAGAUCACACCAACGGACGACCUCACUGUCUUCGUCACUGGGUGGGGGACGCUCCAAGACCAUCUUCCAGCUGGAGACGUUCUGCAUUAUGCAACGGCAAAAAUCACUCCUCGUAGUCAAUGUCUCGACUAUAUCUCCGACAUCGACAGCCGCUUCAUGUGUGCCACUCUAGUGAAAGGAGAAGGUCGUAGUUGUCUGGGCGAUCACGGCAGCGGUGCUAUGAUCGGCGAUUCCCUCACAGGAAUAGUCUCAUGGCUUCACACGGCAGAAAAAGAACCUGUAUUAGUCCUGACGAAUGUAACCAUCUACAAGGACUUCCUUACAUCGUACGCCAACUAAUUUUUCUUGUAAGCCACCAGUCAUAGCUUUUAUUAAAGAAAAA